CUCCCUGACGUCUUUCAUACAUCCAGAAUCAUGGCCUAUAAAUUGCUUCAAGCAGCUGUAUGCUCCACCUUGCUAAUAACAGAAGUAUUGGGAGCCCCAUUUUUGGUGGAGGACCCAGCAAACCAGUUCUUACACCUGAAAAGACAAGUAGUUCACUUGCAAGAUCUCUGGAAUACAGAUUACAACCCAGAUGGGAGGGGAAUUGCACUGGCUGAUGAGGUUCGGGAAGUGUGGACUGUUCUGAAAGCAAGUGUACAUCGCUAUUUUGACAGGAACAAUUUGGCCUUUGAUAUAUCUGCUGCCUAGUAAAUGUACUUGAGCCCUGAAAGGGAAGGAACAUAUAUGCUAGGAGUUAGCACAACAGUGUGGCAAACCACAGGCUUGGAGACAUGGGGGUAGAUUCAGUGUAGCCUUUGCUACAUUAUUAUGUCUAUCUUAAGGAAAUGCUGAAAGGCACAAUUAUGAAAACCCUUGCAGACACCUGGAAUUGGAAGGUCUCCAUAAAUGCCCAGUCUUGUGAAUGAACAUAAAGACUACAGUGAAAGCAUUUACCCAAGUGGAGGGGUGCAUUUCUGAGAGAUAGGAUGUAAAAUCAAAACAGCAGUGUCAUUAAAACAUUGUACUCAUG